CGCGCGCCCGCACUGAUCGAACGCAGAUCGACUAGCUCGGCGCUAGAUUCCUCAUUGCUCCAGGCAACAUGGCGGCGGCGGUGGUGGUAGAGGCCGGCUCUCCCAGUCAGUUUGAGGAGCUGCUGCAGAAAGCUGGAAAUUCACUCUUAGUUGUGCAUUUCUGGGCACCAUGGGCUCCACAAUGCUCCCAAAUGAACGAAGUGAUGGAAGAAUUGGCAAAGGACCAGCCUCAAGUCACAUUUGUACGGCUUGAAGCAGAAGCCGUUCCAGAAGUGUCGGAAAAGUAUGAAAUUACCUCUGUGCCAACAUUUUUGUUUUUUAAGAACUCCCAGAAGAUAGACCGAUUAGAUGGGGCCCAUGCACCUGAGUUGACGAAGCGGGUCCAGCGCCACGCAGCAAGCGCUUCUUUUACCUCUGCCCCUGAAAGUGCUGCAAAAGAAGACAUCACCGUCCGACUGAAGAAGCUAAUCAAUGCAGCCCCUUGUAUGUUAUUCAUGAAGGGAUCUGCUCAGGAGCCAAGAUGUGGCUUCAGCAAACAAAUUGUGGCGAUCCUGAACAAUCGCAAGAUCCAAUUUAGCACUUUUGAUAUACUUUCUGAUGAAGAAGUACGUCAGAGUCUUAAAACAUUUUCCAACUGGCCCACCUAUCCUCAAUUGUAUGUCAACGGUGAGCUAAUUGGAGGACUGGACAUUGUAAAGGAGCUUGAGGCAUCCGGGGAGUUAGACACAACCUGCCCAAAGGUCCAAUCCUUAGAGGAAAGACUCAAGUCACUGUUAAAUAAAGCACCUGUAAUGCUGUUCAUGAAGGGAAGCAAACAGAUUGCAAAAUGUGGGUUUAGCAGGCAGAUUCUAGAAGUAAUGAACAACACUGGAGUUGAUUUUGAAACAUUUGAUAUACUGGAAGAUGAAGAAGUGCGACAGGGAUUAAAAACUUUUUCAAACUGGCCAACAUAUCCUCAGCUAUAUGUAAAUGGAGAGCUUAUUGGAGGUUUGGAUAUUGUUAAGGAGUUAAAAGAAAGUGGGGAAUUGACCUCAGUUUUACAAGGCAAGCAGUAAACAAAUGAAUGUGCUCUUCAUGGGAUCAAGCAUGACCAUCACCAAAAAAAGAGAGAUUAUGCAAAUUAAAUUGGCUAUAUUCUGUAGCACUGUAUUGAACCUGGGGAGAACUUUAUUCCAGAUUACUCCUUCCAGUUUCUAAAAAGGUCACUGUAAUUCUAUAAGAUGGCACAGGCUAGGGGAAAACUUUCAUGUGGCAUCUGCCUACAAAUUCUUACACUUAAUUUAAUAAACAUUGUUACAACCAA